AUGAAGAGCGACUGGUCUGUGGAUCAACCUGUACAACUUCAAGAUGCUUCUGAGAAAACGCUGAGUGGCUGUAAUCUGUCAGAGAGAAGCUGUGCAGCUCUGGCCUCAGUUCUCAGCUCCCAGUCCUCUAGUUUGAGAGAGCUGGAUCUGAGUGACAACCAGCUGCAGGAUUCAGGAGUGAAGCUGCUCUCUGCUGGACUGGAGAGUCCACACUGCAGACUGGAGACUCUCAGGCUGUCAGGCUGUCUGCUCACACAGGAAGGCUGUGCUUCUCUGGCCUCAGCUCUGAGCUCCAACCCCUCCCAUCUGAGAGAGCUGGACCUGAGCUACAAUCAUCCAGGAGACUCAGGAGUGAAGCUGAAUAAUCUGGCCAAGAGGCAUCAUGUAGAUAGAGAGCAGAAGGGGGCCAAGAACGGAGCCUUGAGGGACACCACAACUCACCUGAGCUGUCGAGGUAGAAGAGUUAACCAGAGUGACAAGGUUCUGUUGGAGAGGUUUGAUACAAAUGUGCUGUUGUGUUGUGUCUUGUUCUCUCCAUCAGAUUCCUGUGAUCUCAGACUGGACAUAAACACAACUCACAGAAACCUCGUCCCGUCUGAGGACAACAGGAAGGCGACAUGGAUUAAAGAGGAGCAGCCAUAUCCUGAUCACCCAGAGAGGUUUAACUCCUGGUAUCAGAUCCUGUGUAGUGAUGGUCUGACUGGUCGCUGCUACUGGGAGGUGGAGUGGGAAGGAUGGGCUUAUAUAUCAGUGACUUACAGAGGAAUCAGAAGGAGAGGAAAGAGUGCUGACUGUGUUCUUGGAUAUAAUGAAAACUCCUGGAGUCUGGACUGCUCUGAUGGAAGUUUCACUGCCUGGCACAACAACAUCAGAACAGCCAUCGCUGCGCCCCCCCCCUCUAACAGAGUGGCAGUGUAUCUGGACUGGCCUGCUGGCUCUCUGUCCUUCUACAGCGUCUCCUCUGACACACUGAUCCACCUCCACACCUUCAACAGCACCUUCACUGAGCCUCUGUACCCGGGGUUCAGGUUUGGGCCCGACUCCUCAGUGUCUCUGUGUGACAUUUGA